AUGACGAUCAUGAACGCAACCGCGUCAGAUGGCCCAGGCGUCUCACACGCAGUCCCCAAGCGGGCUGCCCACGGCGCGGGGGCAAAUCCGCCACUGCGGCUCUGGCCCAGCACCCCUCUUUGGACUGAUCGAUUCCAGGCACUUCUUGCCGCCCGUGAAGCUCGGGCGAGCUCCCGCGGCCCCGCGAAAAUGGCAAGCCUCAGCAUGGCUGAGCAUUUGCCAAAGCCGGAAUCGCGUCGUAACGCUGCUCCUGCUCCUGCUUCUGCCUCAGCACAACUGAACCAAGCUUGGGCAACCGUACCGCGCCUCAUCUCCUUUGACCAACUGUCAGCCCCAGAGCUCCCCGUUACACCGGUGCGCCGCUCUCCCACUCGACCACGCCGCCGGCGCUUGCAGCGGCCUCGAUCGCAACCCAUCGAAGGCAUUUUACCCCUCGAGGCACCGCGGCCCGCACCGGCGCCCAUGGGUAGCCUCCUGCCUAACGAGCCGGGCCUCGACUCUCAGCGCCGACUUCGCGCACUCCACGAGCAGUUGCGUCAGCAUCAACAGCUAUUGCAGCCACCGCCGCCAGCGCUACCCGGAGGCAACGCGAGCGAUGCCAGCGGAUCGGAACCUUCCUCGCCCUACGAGACAAAUUCUGCUGAAAGCACACCCCGCUUUAGUCUCGCUUGCAGUGACCCUGGUGAUAUUGCCACGCCCACCGCGACCUCGACCCACGCCGUUUCUGCCCCAAACCUCCAAAACCUGGCCGUGUCCACCGAAUCAGCUACCCCUCUCUCGCCAGAGGUACCCAGACGUCGAGGCUCGCGCUCUCUGCGAUUGCGACGACGCAAUAGCAAUAGAUUGAGUGAAAAGAAACGCGGCAGUGGUGACACCAACCUCACUGCUGCACCCCCAGACCACAGCCUUGCCACCAGCAGCCUUGCCACGUCUGUCAGCCACUCGUCCGCACAUUCCGCGGCCAGCCCCACCCUUGCUCCUCGAGGCUCGUUUGAAUAUCAUCCACAUGCCCGCACAGAGCCUGGCGUGGAGACGCCGUUCUCACUUAUCAUGGUGAAAAAACCCCAAAUCAGCGGCAACACGGUCUUUGGACACGUGGUUUACCAGUGCCACGGCGUCCUUGCCGCUGAUGUUCGUCCUGAGCGCAUCGACCGCUCGUGCUAA